AUGUCUUCACACAACGAAGAUGGAAACUCGAUUGUUAACGAUUUGAAUGGAAUGAAUUUCUCGAAUCUAUACGGCGCGAUUGAUAGACAAAACGUGCACGGAUUGAACUUGACGACGCCGGAAGAUGCGAAGGCGAUCAUUAAGCCUUGGGCGGAGAGGGAGGAUGAUACGAUCUGGGCAGAGUCGAAUGUUGACGACCAGCUGAUCAUCCAUAUACCAUUCAUGGAGAACGUGAGGCUGCGCUCGGUAUUGUUGAAACUUGGCAGGGGAGAAUCUACACCUCGACAUCUACGGGUAUUCGCAAACCAUUCGACGAUCGUUGAUUUCGCGGCCGCUGAAGCCACCAAACCCCACUUGAAUAUCUCGUUACAGGAAGGGGAAACGUCUGUGGUCGAGUACCCGCUCCGAGCGGCUGCAUUCUCGAGUGUACAUUCCCUCUCGUUGUUCUUCAACGAAGCAGUGGGUGAAGAGGUGUCCCGGAUCUACUACAUUGGGUUCAAAGGCGAUAUGAGGAGCGUGAAAAGGGAGGUCGCUUCUGAACUAGAGGUACCCGCUCCCCAUACCGCGGAUGCACCGCUAUCGCAGAAGGCGGAGAAUAGAGCGGCUCACCGGCCUACUGCCCAUUAG